AGCUGGAGAGUUGCAGCUAUUUCUUCAUCUGCAAUAGAACAGUAGACCAGCCGUCAAGCUGACAAACAGGACUGGUUUCUUCAAUCAUAUAGUGUGGUGUACUGGCAACGGCUGCAGUUAGGGGAGAAAUAGAAAGCCUCCCGGUCUCUGGGAGAAUAUCUGCAAGACUGAUUUCUAAAGAAAACUUACUUUCCUCUUAAUGGGAAAGUCAGAUCGUAUCAAAUUUCUUAAGUGCCUGGAGAUACAGUUGCCUGGGGUCCUGAGGCUGAUCAAGCUGGCGUGCUUUAAGUGCGUUUGACAACAAAAAAAAUGAAGCUUGCAGUGCUGGACCUGGGAACCAUAUUUGCAAAUAUUUUCAAGACUUCCGCUUCUCCUGUUAUCCCGCCAGCUGGUUCCUCAAACAGUGGACCAUCAACAGCACCUCAUGGACCAUCAGCGAUAUCAGUAUCUUCAUCCAAAGCAACGCCUCUCACUUCUUCCUUGUCCAGUGUCUCAGGGAAAGCCUCCGGACUUUCUGGAAGUGGCUCUGCUCCGGGCAGCCCUGCCACUGUCAAAAACAGCAGCGCCGCUCUUCAAGCGUCAGCUUCUGUGCCCAAGUCAGCCGGCCUGAGUGUAGGGACUGCAAAUCAGAUAGCAGCCCGGGCAGCUCCGAGCUCCAGCCUGGCCAGUUUAAAUGCAGUGAAAACCAUGCCAGCUCAGACCGGAUCAAACAACAGUAUCAUUUCUGGCACGGGAAGGUCCUCGGUAUACUCGGUUGAGGAUAGCGUUACGUGGAAACUGUCGAACAAGCAACAUCCCUUCACUUUGCCCAACAUCGGCGAGGAAGGACUCACCGAUACUGAUUCAGCAGAAAGUAGCAGUGAAAAAAAGGGAAUAUCAAAAGGAGAUGACUGUCAUCGCUUUGUUGAGAAAACCAGUGAUUCGCUUCCAGCUAAUUUUACAAAACAUGUUCAAGGAGCAAUUCAGAGUUACAACAGUAAUGUAUCCAUCGUAUCUGAAUCACUAAGUGGGCAGACCACACCAACAGACCUUAAUCAGUCCUGGUCUGCAAUCCAGAGUUAUACAACCAGCCUGUCUACAGAGCGCAGUUCAGUAUACUCCUGGAGAGAUGAUGAAUUUGACAAGGCAAACACACGAACAGUGCAUCAGUUGUUCUGGGAAAUCGAUGAGAUGCUAUUUGAGGGAAAGGUUAGCAGUCGUACUGAAAGCAUUCGAACAGAGUGUCGGGAAUGGACAGAACGUUCACCCCAGCUCAGGAUUUUGGGAACUCAGCUCUUGCUGCCGAAAGACGAAGGUUUUCAACAUUUCCAGAGCAGAGAAAGCAGCUCCAUAGCAACUCGGACAUUAUCUAGUUUCUGUGAUAGCACUGGCAAUAUGAAGGAGCUGAGCCUGUCAGGCCUACGUCUGCUUCCUGUGCAGUCUCCUUAUCACAAUGGCUUGGAAUCAAACUCCACUUUGAGUUCCCUCGACUCAGACUCCUCCGUUUUCUCAUUCCUAGAGGAAGAGAUCAUUGAUGUGGAUGGAAAGAUUGAAGAGUAUUUUGCAUAUGAUGGUAAAGAAUGUUUUAGUGAUGAUGAGAGUUCGGAACAAAAGAACGUUCAACUUGCACGAAGGAGAAAUAAACGAGGCAUUCCACCCAUUUCUCCCAAUGCCUGUAUUAAAGAUGCUGCCUCAGCAGAGAUAUUUGAUGACAUCUGGCGGGAUGUGAUUGAAAUGAUGGAAGAGUUAAUCAGGAAACAGUGGGAAAAUACCCUUUCAGACCACGAUAAGCAGACAGUGAAUAUGCAGAGUGCAAUAAUGAACAAACUCCCUCGGAUCAAUGAUUCCCGAAUCAUCGUAACAAACUAUGGUAUUCCACCUUCCCGAGGCUCUGAGACACGUGUCUUGGCAUUGGGUACAUCCUUCAUCCACUCUCAGGCUUAUCGUAUGACAAAUGCUUAUCGUAAUGAUUUAAAUGGUGUGAUGACAAUUCAAGCCAAGCCACUUCAGCAGAGACAUGCAGGAUUACCUGAUAAAACACAGUGUGACCAGGAUGAGAAGCAGUUCAGCACAGGCUCCAGUAUUUUGUCCACAAUACGUAAUCGCCUGGGACGGAGUACAGAUUACAGUGUUCUAUCAGCGUCCCGUAUCAUGCAGGCAUCUUCACGAAAGACAGGUUCACAACGUAAACUGCCAUCCCUCGGCUCAGAGCUAUUGAAGGCAAAGGCUGCAAAUGUCUACAGUGAUGAAAUUCUUCGAGGAACUAAACUUGCAAACACUUUCUCGAAUUACAAGAGUAGUCAGUAUGUUGAAAGCACUGCUAAAGUCUCCAGUGGAGUAAGGCACCAAUCAUAUCAACAUUUAACACUUAAGAAGCACAUUGGCACUGAUCGGCCAUCCUCACCCCCAGUACACACUGCUCGUAAUAACCAAUUACCACCUAUUCAUACAGAAUCAACAGAAGCACAACUUCCCUUACCUGGGUCAAGAUAUCAACUGAGGGGAAGAUUCCCACAUAGCAGAGUGUCAAGUGCCAUUGGGGAAGGAACAGGCCGACGAACUCUCAGGGAACGACUGAUCACAAUAGACACUUCUUCACGGCCAAAUACUACACAUACAUUUCGGUCUGAUACACCAUUCAAACGGUCUUUCACACCAAUGGACUAUACCAGCCAUACUCGGACACGGAGAGCUUCCUUUACAGAUCAUGCUGGAAUUGGUGUGACUGGGAUCAGCCUAGGAAUUUCUGCCUCCAGCUCUAAUUAUCCCACAGAUUUUGCACAUCACCAUCAUCAGCUGUUAAACCAGCCACCCAUUGAAGGCGAUGAGGACGAGUAUCGAACAACAUGGGGCCCACAAGCACAUUUCCAAUCCAAACCUUUUAAUCGUCUUCCUACAAAUUCCAGAAGGCGACCCCAAGUGGUUUCAUAGGUAAAGUCAGUUGAAUCACUGCAGUGUGGAAGGCUGGAGAAUUAAUGAAGAUGGUUUGCUUACAUCAGGUCACAAACAGGACUAGCUUCAUUAGAAGAAACCAUGAAGUGAUGAAAGACUCACCAUGAAGCAUCAUUCACUUAAUUCUGUUGCGGUGAUCGAUGGUGUACAGUGUUGUCAGCUGUCUUCCUAUUAAUUAGUACUGAUUAAACUAUGCAAAAAUGUACCAAUUUAUAGGUACAUACAAGACUAUUUGUCAAGGCAGCUUGCAGUGAAGCAACAUUUCCUGGUAUUGUAACUAUCGACCUGACACUUUUAUUCUGUUGCCCUUAAUUGUUCAUUACUCCAACAUGCUAGUUAUACCUCAGUAACCUACUGACAGGCAGCUACUGCAAGUACAUUUUUUGCUAAUUAAGAAACUGGUUUAAUAACUCCAAUCUGUACUGUGAGAGUGCUCUUGUUGAAUUUAAUGUGAACAAGGUUUCAGUGAAAUAAUCAGUUUGCAUAUAGGCCAUAGAAAUGCAAUUUAUUUCUUUGUAUUUGUGCGCUUCUUUGUAGAUUGUCAGUAUUUGGCUGAAAUGAACAUCUGUGGCUAGGGGUGGCCUGGCGGCUCAGUGGUUAACACUGCUGCCUUAUGACACCAGGGACCCAGGUUCAAUUCCAGCCUCGGACAACUGUCUGUAUGGAGUUUGCACGUUCUU